AUUUUAGAAUACCGCGAUGUAUGAUUGUCUUAAUGAUGGCUGUUUAUGAAGAACUUGACUUAUGUUUACGAUAACUUAGUAGGACUUUUAUUCAUUGGAGUAUACUUACUGGAUAUACGUCUUAUAAAACCCUAAGUUUUACGAGGAAAUGGCUGAUCUAGAAGCUGUUCUAGCGGACGUCAGCUAUUUGAUGGCUAUGGAAAUGAGUAAAUCCACUCCAGCGGCUCGUGCGAGCAAAAGAAUUACCUUACCCGACCCCAGCAUCCGUGGUAUCAUGACCAAGUAUUUGGAAAAGAACAACCAAAUGACCUUCGAUAAAAUUUUUAACGAGAAGUUAGGUUACUUGUUGUUUCGGGACUUCGUUCUCAAUGUAAGUGAAGAACCUGUUCCUCAGCUUACGUUUUACGAAAAUAUCAAAAAGUUUGAAAAGUUAGACACAGAUGAAGAGCGUAUUAAAUUUGGCCGAGAAAUAUAUGAUCAACACAUUAUGAAAGAACUUUUAUCGCAUAACCACAAAUUCUCUAAAUCAACUGUGGAUCAUGUCCAUGAACUACUCACUCUAUCUCAAAAGACUAAAAAGCUACCAGCAGAUACAUUUUCUUUGUAUGAAGAUGAAAUCCUCCAGUUCCUUCGUGGUGAUGUAUUUGACAAUUUUCUUAGAAGUAAUAAGUUCACUCGAUUUUGUCAAUGGAAGGAUUUGGAGUUAAAUAUUAACUUAACCACAAACGAUUUCAGCGUACAUCGCAUUAUUGGGCGUGGUGGUUUUGGGGAGGUCUAUGGAUGCCGAAAAGCAGACACUGGUAAAAUGUAUGCUAUGAAAUGUUUGGACAAAAAGAGGAUCAAAAUGAAAGGGGGAGAAACUUUGGCCCUCAAUGAACGUGUUAUGCUUUCACUUGUUAGCACAGGGGAUGGUUGUCCUUUUAUAGUUUGUAUGACGUACGCCUUUCAGACUCCAGAAAAAUUAUGCUUUAUACUAGAUUUAAUGAAUGGUGGUGAUUUACACUAUCAUCUUACUCAGCAUAAUAUCUUCUCUGAAUCAGAAGUACGUUUUUAUGCAGCUGAAGUUAUAUUGGGUUUGGAGCAUAUGCAUAAUCGUUUCAUUGUAUAUCGCGAUUUGAAGCCUGCAAACAUACUUCUGGACGAAUAUGGUCAUGUUCGAAUCAGUGAUUUGGGAUUAGCCUGUGAUUUUUCACGUCGGAAACCUCAUGCUAGCGUUGGGACUCACGGUUACAUGGCUCCUGAGGUACUGUUAAAAGGUUGUCCAUAUGAUUCUUCAGCUGAUUGGUUUUCACUUGGAUGCAUGUUAUACAAAUUAUUAAGGGGUCAUAGUCCAUUCCGACAUCACAAGACAAAGGAUAAACAUGAGAUUGACAGAAUGACAAUGACCAUGAGUCUCGAUAUUCCAGACGGUAUGUCCUGUGAAAUGCGGUCCCUGUUGGAAGGUUUGUUAGCACGUGACGUUUGCAAUCGCCUUGGAUGUAUGGGUCGUGGAUCUCUUGAAGUUCGAGAACAUCCAUUUUUCAAAGGAAUUGAUUGGCAGCAGGUUUAUCUGCAAAAGUACCCACCACCUUUAAUUCCACCUCGGGGAGAAGUAAACGCUGCAGAUGCUUUUGACAUAGGCUCUUUUGAUGAGGAAGAUACUAAAGGUAUUAAGCUCACAGAAGCUGAUCAAGCAUUGUAUCAGAACUUUUCACUUGUUGUGUCUGAACGUUGGCAGUUAGAAAUAGCUGAAACUGUGUUUGAUUUUGUAAAUCAAGAGGCAGAUAAAGUAGAUAAUAAAAAAGCUCGUGCACGACAACGUUCUACACAAACUGCUGAUGUUUCAAGUAGUGGCUUAUCUGGAGUUACUUCAAGUACUGGAAAUUUAUUAAACAUUGGGAAUGUAGGAGUUUCAAAUAGCGGAUCGGGUGGAAAUCUUUCUGAAAAUAUGACUGUUGAUGGGGUAGCCUCUGACUGCAUUGUUGAGGGUGACGUUUUGAAACUUGGCGGACCAUUUUUGCAAACAUGGCAACGUAAACAUCUGCGUUUAUUUCCCAACCGUAUUGAGAUAUACAACAAGUCUAGAGAUGGUUUAAUUCUCAAGAAAGGUGUUGAUCUUAUAUCAAUGCUUGAUAUCAAAGAAAUUUCUCCAGAGUUUUCUCGUGUGUGUAAAAUGGAUAAUUGUAUUUCAAUUAAACUGAAAAAUGAUACGCGAUUGUACAUAACUUCAAAUGACAAAAUCAUGAUUACACAAUGGAAAGAAGAAAUAUUAGAAGGAUAUCGAAUUUCCUGUGAAUUGAUGGCACAUAUGAACAAAAAAGCCCAUAAAAUGUAUGGUGUUCUCGAUCCUAUGUCAAACACGGACACUCAUCCUCCUUCUACUACUGUUAUAACGUCAUCUAUUUUAACUGUUACUACUAGCGGUUCUGUACAGCCUCUCACCUCUACAAGCCGUCCAUCACAGAAGUCACACUCACCUCCACAAAGUUCUACACAUCCCCGUCCUCGCCUAAGUCACCAGGCAUCAAUGCCUUCCUAUCCACUCACAAACCACAGGGGUCAAGGGUCAUCUUUAGAUUCAGUCACAGGUUCCAAGUCUGGUGAUCAAGCUGUUGAGACAGAUGUAAAUCAAGAUAUUAAUCCACCAGAUGGUGGGGUUGGUAGUGAUUUCAAUAAUAAUAAGUCAUCUUAGAUUUCUACUGGUCAUUUUAAUUUGUGUUUUUUAUUAUUAUUAGAGUAUAGUUAUUGAUUCACUAACAGUCUUGAUCUUUCGAUGCUAGUCAUCUAUCUACAGUUUAUGAAAAAAGAUUUGGAGGAUGGCAGCUUUCUAAUUGAAAAUUGCAUUCCAUUUAAGCUUCGAGAUGGUCGUUAUAAUCCCCGUGUGUUUAUAGUAAUUGUAUCAAAUUAUAUUGUACGAGAUAGUUGUUCAACCUCCAUUUCUAAUGUCAUACUGUAUACAUUUUUGUUCAUUCUUGCUUUUAAUUAGAAGCAUGAAAUUCCGUUUACUCUGUCUGUACUUAAGUUUGGAAUAGUCCUAUUUCUGAUGAUAAUAUAAACUUGAAUUCUGUGGUUUAAUCAUGUCAAGAAAAUAUUAUGCUCAUUUAUUUUGUGUAUAAAGUUAUUGUGUAUUACACUGUGUUAUGUCGACUUUUCUGAACAAUCUUGUUUAUUCAUAUUAUUAGUUGUUUUUAAUUAGUUUUGAGAUUCAUAGAAUCUAAUUAUUCAUUAUUUCCUCGAUUUGCCCCUCUUCAUAUUCUUUGUGUGCAAUAUAUGAUUGAUUAAUUCGUUUUUUUUUUAAUUUUUCUAAUUGUUUUUUUGUUUUUUGUUGCAUUUUUGUCUGUUUGUUCCUCAUCUCAGUGACUGCGCCGGAAGUUUGUUUCCUCUCACUGAAAGAGUGUUUUUUUACUUGAUUCGUCAAGUCUAAAUCUGGUUAAUAAACUGUUAUUUUUUAACUUCUUAUCAUUUCAGUUAUAUUAUUACUGUUGUUGUGUAUGGCAUCUGUUAAUCUACAUGAUUUGUUAUUAUUACAUAAGAUCAUACAGAGAGACAUUGAAUGUGUUAUUAGUUAUCUGAUUGCGUUAACAUUAUCACUAUAACUACGAUUUCCAAUAUUAUUGUCUUUGUAAGUUUCAGUUAGAGUUGUUUUUGUUAUUAUUAUCAUCUUUGUACACUCGUUCAUUUAUCCUAUACUUUUUAACUGACAUGUAAUUUCCUUAACGUAAUACUGGUUACAUUGAUUGCAUUAUAAUAAAGCUUAUCUAAUUUUUAAGAAAUAAGGAGAGAAAAAGAAUUUCGAUUGUCUGACUAUUACAUUAUACUUGACUUUUUCACUUCAAUUAUAUUUGAAAAUGUUUGCAUUUUAAGAAUGUAUGUUGGUUGUAUUUUUGUUAAAAAUGUACAUGUCAGCAUACUUGUCAUGUUAUAUUGUGCAAUGUUUAUAGUGGUUAGCAAUAGAAAUAGGUAGUGUUUGCACUAUUUGUUAGUGGAUAAAAUUUGUAAUAAAUAUAAAAUAGUUAUGAUUAGGGCAUGGUAGAAUGAAGAACACAUGGAUUUCUUUUCUUUUCAACUCAUGUAUAUAUUUUACUUUGCGCAUACCUAUUUAACUACCAGGCAUGCACUUAGAUACAGUUACAAAUCCACACAUUUAUACACAUACAAAUGGAAAUAAAUAAUGGUUUUACUUCAGUUUAUUUGUUUUUUUUUCACUUCUUAGCCACAUAAUAUACAUUUUGCAUUUCUUUUCUCCUAACUUGGUUAGUUUUUGCAUUUAUUGUAUCCCCUUCUUUCUUGUGUUCACUAUACUUAUUAUUAAUUUGUUGUUCUGUCAUUGUCCAGUUUUUGUUCUCUCUCUAGAUGUUGGCAACUAACAUACAUUUUUUAAAAUUCAUUUUUGGAAUACGUGUAUACAUAGCCCAAACUAUUUCUGUUUCUUUUUUAAAAUCAUAGAUUAUUAUUACCAGUCUUGUUAUUACUACAAUUACUAUUACUUUCUGUUCUAUUUAUCUUUUCCUCAAUUAACAAAAGUCAUGAUUUAGUGUUUCUUAAUAUUGUGUUGAUAAUAAAGUAUAAAUUAAUAUAGUAACAACAGAACUCAUUGUGUUAAGUAAAUGUGAUGAAUUUUAUUUUUACUCUUAUAGAUAAUGAUGAUGUAAAAUUGAUUUGACAAUUUGUAGACAUAAUCAUUUCUAUCUGUAUUUAUAUUAAUUGAAUUUUUAUUUUGUUUGUGAUUGAAUUAUAUAAAUGAAUGAAAGAAUAAGUAAGAUUGCAUUGAAUUCAUUGUUUUAAUUGUUUUUUGUUGUUGUGUUGUAGUUGUACUUGUUGAUUUACUUUUCAAUUCACCUUCUUUUUGUCUUGUUUAAGUUUCUCAGUUGUUUAUAAAAUAUAUAAGAGUAUAGAAGAGUAAAUAAUGAAAUGAAGCAAUAUCUUGAUUCUUAUUGAGUUAGUUAUAUGUUAAAUGUUAAUCAUUUGUUUUACUGCACUUAUUCUAAAAUUUCUCUUAUUUACAUACUUUUAAAAUGAUAUUAUAGAAUAUUAGAUUACUUUAUGACAAUCAUGUUUAUAUGAUUAUGAAUUUGUGAAAUAUAAAUAACAGUCGAUUUUUUGUGUCUGUGUAUAUCAUUACAGUUUCUUAAUCAGUAUACUUUCUAUUUUUCUUAGGUUCUUAUUUUAAGUUAUAUUAAUGUGUCUUCAUGAUGUUAGUUUUAAUUCACUAACAUGUGUGAAAAUAAUGGUUCGUAAAGAAAAUGGCUUUAAAGUAAAUCAUUUGAUGAGAUGUUCAAUGAUGAAAACAUCUUAGCGUACAUAUGGAAGACGAUCUUACGCAAUAUAUUUAUUUAACUGUAAUAUCGUUAUUUUUCCUCGAUUAAACUAUAUUGAUUAGAUUGGUACAUGCAUGCAGAUUGAGUUCUUGUGCUUGAAUUAAAUUUAUUAUGUUAUCUCACUGAUAAAUAGUAACCUGUUCGUUUGAAAA